GCGUUGUUCUUCCCCUUGCUGUCCGUCGGCUGCUAUGUGGGUGUGAGGUUUUUGGGCUUUUUCUGCCGCGAGUUCCCCUGCAGAAUUUCUUCUUCUCUGCCGCCGGCUUCUCCCCCCUGCUAGGCUCGGUUUUGCUUGCUAAAUUCUGGUUUUGAUCGUUCUGUCACCGUAGCACUUGGGUUAGCCUUCUGUAAUUAGUGAUGAGUUCAUUAAUGUCCAUGAGCAUAUCAAAGGUUUAUCCAGUGGUUCAAAAAAUUAUGUUUCUUGCUAUAAUGGAUAUAUUGUCAAUGGAUUCUAAUUUCACACUGCCCACUAUGGUAGAAAUAAGCAAACAAUGAAUUAUGGUGUCUGUGUUGUCGGAUCUAUUGGUACUGAAUCAGAUUAUGAUUUUUAUGGUGUGCUUCAAGAAAUAAUACAGAUUGAGUAUUAUGGAUCAAUCCAUCGACAGGCAGUUAUUUUAUUCAAAUGUGAUUGGUAUGAGAUUCCUCCUGCUCAAGGGGUUCAAGUGGAUCAACAACAUCGAUUAGUUGACAUUAAUCCUAGAAGAUACUUUAGAUCUUAUGAGCCUUUCAUUCUUACUAGUCAGGCAAGGCAAGUGUAUUACACACCAUACCCAUCUAUUAAUCAUGAAAGAAGGGGAUGGAUUGCUGCACUUAAAAUUAAAGCUAGGAGUAUCGUUGAGGCUCCUGAGAAUAAAGAUGAUCAACAAGAAGGAUUGGCACCAUAUUUCCAAGAUGAUGAGCCUCCUAUUCCUCAACAAAUAAAUAUUGAUGACAUUGCUUAUGAACCUGUGCAAUAUUCUGAUGGGAGGUUUAUUGAAAUACAUGAAGAAGCUGAUGUUGAGGAAGGGAUUGGGGAAGAGGAUGAAGGAGGAGAAUGGGAAGAUUUUGAGACAUCAAAAGAAAAAAACAUAGAAACAUAUGUUGAGGAGAAUGAUAGUAGUGAUGAGUAGGCAAUAAUAUUAAAACUAUUGAAACUUA